AUGGUUCUUGAAUCCCUCACCCUGGCCCUCGCAUCCGUGCACGCGAUGCUACCGGGCAGUGGCUUCUCUACACUCACUCUCACGGCGCUUCUCGCGACGUUGGUCAGCGUGAUUCUUAUUGCUGGAUUCCCAAAAUUCUCUGAAACCGCCAAAGCCAACAACAAGGACCGCAAGUCCGGCCACUGGACGCCAGAAAUCUAUGAAGCCCCCACGCCUAAGCCGUACGAAGGGUGGGACAUUGUCACCACCAGACCAGAGCCCUACAGAGCGUUCAAACACACAUACUUCACCACUAUGGGGAUCCGAACCAUGGAAUGGGACAAGUGGUUUGAAAUCGAUAACGAGUGGCCAAAGUUCCAUCAGCGAAAGCUCGAACGUAUGGAAGAACGGGGUAGUGAGGUGGUCAGCACCAACCCUGGAAAAGCCAUGGAGGCGGCGUAUGAGCUUUUGGAGGAGAUGCAAAAGUUCUUGCCCGCAAGAUAUCCAACGUUGUUCGCUAGAACCGCUGUGGGGAUUGACAACUUGCACACUGGCGAAUCCUUCGACAUCGUGACGCGUCCCUUAAAGGAAGACCCUAUGCGUAUUGCCGCAAAGUUGGUACAGGAUGAUAUUUCCAUAUUGAUAGAAGAGGAAGACGGCCAGUACUAUAUGCGGGGUGGGGCGGUGAUGUUGGCUGGCUCCUGGCGUAUGAAAGACAAAAUUAACUUGCCGUUAUCCUCAAUCCAUACCAGGGCAAACGUCCCGAGGUACAAGGAAAACUUGCAAGGAAGCAUGGAAAGGUUCUUCUCCCGGCAGACCCCCGACAAGGCUGUGCUCAGAAACAACUACUUCUUCCAGACCAACAACGACUUGGCGUGGUCAGCGUCCCUCGGGCCUGAGACCAGCGAGGACUUCCACCGCAAUUACGAGUCGAACAUGGCAACCACUAUUGACCAAGUCUAUCUCAGAAGCGAGCGCCAGUCCAUGAGACGAUUGCCAAAGACUGGUGCCACCAUAUUUACCAUCCACACGUACUUCUUCCCGGUGGCCCAGAUGUGCGACGAGCCGUUUGUCGCUAGAAGGUUGCUCGACGGGAUCAGCAGCUGGACUGAGGAUAUCGAGCGGUUCAGAGGGCUUGCCAUGUACAAAGACGUCUUGUUGCCGUUCCUCGAAAACAAGGCCCAGGAGCUCGAGGCAAAGGGGUUCACCUUGGACAAAGAGCCAUACAGCUAUCCGUACUAA